ACUCACUUUGUAAAAUUCAAAAUGUAUGUUUAUCUGUUUCCUAUUUCCUAGGAUACCAGGAUUCACCCACAGUGUAUUAUUACAAUUUUAGUUUGAAGUACAGUCAUCAUAUUGUAAAGGCCAUACUUCGCAUUGUCACGUCUCCAUAUUGCAGACCAUCAAAUGUUGUGACGUCACAGCGUUAUGCAUUCCUGUUGUAUUGUGUUGGCUAUUCAAACAAACACUAUAUACAAGUUGAAAUUAUGCCUAGAAUUCCGGUGACUUCAUGGUAUGGUUUAAUGAUUAACACUGAAAUUCGGUGAGAUAAGAGGGAACAUAUGACAUGAUAGCGGAAGGUGGAAACCGCGGAUAUGGUAAUCAUUGAACAUACUUUGGACUAAAAUAAAACAAUAAAUACCUAAAGUACGUACACAUGUACGAAGUCCGGUUUUUAUACAGCGUACAGUACGCAGUGGUUUAUGAGUGAACACAAUCUAUCGAUGCGUGAACAGGCUUAACAAUGCUUUUGUCAUGUCAAUACGUCAACAGCCAAGCUAUAAAAGAAACCUCCAUUUGUUGCACUCGGAUGAUUCAGGUUGCGGGAUCGACCAAGGUUUCACCAGUCUGGAAAUACUAACCCAGUGCGUGGUAGACGUUUGUGGUUGAUUUAUAAAAAGGGAGAUACCAAGAUGCCGUCUAAUCAUCAUACUCCGGAGGAUUCUUGGAUUAAUCUACGUCCAUACGAUCCGAACAGACAGGUUGCUAAUUGGUCUUCACGCCACUAUAACGGCAGAGAUCCCUAUAACGGCAGAGAGCACAGAGGAGAGGAACACAACCGGGGAUAUGAAAGAGACAAUGACCAAUACAACGAUCCGUCCUACACCAGACCUUAUUACAUCUACGGAGGAGGAGAGGAAAGGAGACCUCAUGAGGACCGACGGACGGAAAGAAAGUCUGAGACCAACGGGAAUCAUUACAGGCCUAAACAGAGACAGCAUGCAAAGUCAUCAAGCAGGCAUUCAUCUCAAUCAACACACAUCCCGAUACAGAAGUCCAACUCGCGUAGUUAUGCCUGCAUGGCCAUCACGUUGCUCACUGUUCUUGCCUUCAUUCUUCUUGGCGCCCUCGCUGUCUUCUUAGUCUUUUAUAUUAUUGAAAACAACUCCACAACAGUAGCUCCAACAGCCGGAGUAACGAGCCAAGCCCCAGCUGCAGGUGUUGUGUCAGUUGGUCUGUCCAUGAAGUUAAUGCAGCCCUUUCUGCCGGAGUACAAUGAUGUUCUGUCUGCUGGCUACAUAGAACUCAGUAAUAACUUCACUAACUCUAUGAAUGAGAUAUUCACCAUGAGUGACCUUAGCAGUAGUUACAUGGAAACAAACGUCAACAACUUCAGCCCAGGAAGUAUCGACGUCGACGCAUCCAUCACCUUCACAGAGCAGAUCCUAACGGAUGUCAUGCAGACAGUGACCGCUAACCCAUCAGGCACAACCUCGGCGAGUCUAUCCAUCCAGACUCUGAUUCAGAUGAGUGUAGAGAGCACCAUCGUAAUGGCGGUAGAGGAGGGUACAUGCUGUCAGGAUUUAGCGAUAAAUACAACCACGAUCACAGUGAUGGAAGUAAUCCUGCCGACCACUCCACUUGUAACUCAGACGCCACCAGUAUCAGACACGAUAACACCUGGUGUAACCACCAAUCCAGAGGUGGAUAAGCCCACAACUCUCUCACCAUCAACAACACCACAACCAGCAAUGUUGAAUCCUCCAGAGUGUGGGAUAUCAAGCAGGUCAGCACCCAGCACACCAGUUACACCAGGUGGUACCUGGCCAUGGCAUGGAUCAGUCAAUUUCCGUACCGGUCAUGCAUGCGGUUGUACACUCAUAGGAGAGCAAUGGGCAGUCACGUCCGCUGGUUGCAUUGGAGAUGGUGGAACGUUAUCCUCCCUUGUAUUUGGUGACAUCACAAGUUCUUACAGCCAAUCAAGUGUCCAUGUUGAGCGAACGGUUGAAACGAUUCGCAUACAUCCUGGGUACAACCGUGUGACGUUAGAUAAUGACAUAGCAUUCCUGAAGCUAGCUGAACCUGUGAUAGUCAGUAACGAUGUCCGGCCAGUUUGUUUCCAACAAGAUCAACAAACGGGGACGCCAGAGAAUUAUAAGAAUUGUUACAUCGCUGGAUGGGGUACACUGGGAGGUAAUUUGAAUGAGGACCUGAUGACAUCACCUGUUCUCAGUGUUACUGAUGGUAUAUGUCCAGGUUCCACACUAUCCAUCAAUCUGAUGGACAAGUUCAUCUGUGCACAGUUCACCGCUCCUAAUGCAUGUCUUGGUGAUAGUGGAGCUGGAUUAAUGUGUCAGAAUGAGACGACCAAUGCGUGGAGUCUUGUUGGUAUCUUAGAUGCAACAUCUACUGAUUGCUCCGAGGGUACAUUCACUAAGGUGGCUGGUUACUAUGACAUCGCUUCUUCCAUCAUUGAUACAGGUUCGGAGAUUCCCUGUGAGACUAUCAAAGUCCCACAAUGCACCUCUGUCUUAUCCUACUCAACAACACACCCAACGAGCCAAUCAGCAAUCAUGUCUCAUAUGGCUACAGCUGAGUCGUCUGGUCUCCUGUCUUGUCACAGCCAAGCUAGUGUUGUGUUAUGUGCUGCUUUGAUGCCUGAGUGCCAAGCAGAUGGCACCGGUCUAACCGUAUGUCAGGCGAUGUGUUUUGAGGUGUCUACUGCCUGUACUGCUUUGUUCGAGCAAUUAUCAUUAGCACUUGAUUGUAGAUCGUAUCCACUGAGCCUCGAUGCAUCGUCAGUCUUAUGUCAAACAGGAGAAGAUUAUUCCUGUGGAAACCGCGGCUUAACGCUUCCAGCUCUGUAUGACUACACGACUCUAUCCUCUCCAAACUUCCCCAACCUCUACCCCGGUCUAGACGACUGCGUCUGGAUCGUCUCAACCCCGCAUAACACUCACAUCAUCAUCAAAUUCCUGACUGUGAAGAUUGAAGGUUGUUGUGAUACCUUAACCAUCGGUGAAGGAAACGAUGAGAGGAACAGAGCGUCAACGCUAGCUGCUGUGUUUGGCAAGACUGCACCUAAGCCGUUAGUGAUUGAAAGCAGUAGUAUGUGGCUACGUUUCCAAUCAGACAGUUCAGAACAAUUGAGGGGUUUCCAAGCUGAGGUGCAGGCAAUUGGUACAACAGGAUUAGCGAGUUAUUGUUCACAGAACUCCGUCUCAAGAUGCUCUGAUGGUACUUCUUGCAUUCCGUUCCGAUGGCGUUGUGAUGACGUCAUGGAUUGUCCACAAGGCGAAGAUGAAGAUUGUCAAAUCCUUCAUGAAGAAAUCACCCUCGGAGUUGAUGGCAGCCAGCAGAUCUUAUCACCAAGGUAUUCCACAGGUAGCUACAUUUCCAACUCCAACGCCACUUGGGUCAUCCAUUCCCAACCGGGCAGGAAGCUUCUAAUCAACUUUGACACAUUCAGCACUGAGUUAGACUUUGAUAUAUUCUCAGUUGGGGAUGGUGGGACCCCGAAUGAUCUUAGCACCCUGUUCUUUGUUUGGUCUGGGAAGUUGAUGCCUCCAGUCGUUGUUUCCAAUAGUAACCACAUGUGGAUCUCGUUUGAAUCUGACGGCACUAUCGACACGGGAGGGUUCGAUUUCACCGUCUUCGAUGUUGACAACACUGUGACUUUUGACUGCGAUGCUGACCAGUUUGACUGUGGCCAUCUGGUUUGUGUUCCUGAUAUCUGGCAAUGUGAUGGAGUACCUCGCUGUGCUGACUGGUCUGAUGAAGCUAAUUGUGUCGAAAUAACGGCUUCAGGGUCAAUGACCCUUUUGACCCUGUUCACCUCUGACCUUGGGAAUCUGACCUCACCAGAGUCUGUCCAACUGAGCACUCGGUUCGUCAAUUCGAUGGAUCCAGUCUUAAGUAAUGGUCUUGGUACGACGUAUGUUUCUACAACUGUUGAUGCUUUCAGGUCCUCUACUGAUCCCGUCGCACGUACAGCUGCAGACACUGCGGUAGACUUCACCGUCAAGUUGAAUCGAUACCCAUCCACUGCACAAACUCCUGGUGAGGUACAAACUCUCAUUGAUAACACACUAACCACUGAAGUACAAGAUGGCAGCUUGGGUUUCCUCCAGGUCAACUCAACCUCCAUUGUGAUUCAUAUGGUGUUUGUACCCACAACAGCAUCUUCAACAUCAGCGCCUAAUAUCUGUCUUGGUAGCGAGUUCUCCUGCGAUCAAUCGACCUGUAUUCCUCGAAGCUCUGUAUGUAAUCAGAUUGCUGAUUGCCUGGACGGAACUGAUGAAGUAUUCGGCCAAAAUAACUGUCCCGUGGCUUGUGGAGACGGCUACAUCGCCCUGACAACACAAGGCUCAGUGGAUCUAACCGUUCCCAUGGUAGCCACUAACAACAACCCGCUCUACGACCAACAGUGCGGUUACAUCAUCACAGCUCCAGCCAAUCACAGAGUCUAUCUCGUCGUUCAGAAGAUUAACCUGGUACCCGGCCAGCAGCAUCUGAUGUUAACGUUCGGUCAGGGGAAGCUACUGGAGUACAUGGGGAGCGUUGAGCAGCCGUUGGAUAUAGUCAGUGUUGAUGAGAGUAUUAGUAUCAUCUUGUAUGGAAGCCAUUGGAAUGAGAGUCAUGGGAUAUCAUUCCAGAUCUCAGCCACGCAACAAACAGGUGUUCCUGUGUGUGAUAACGGAGUGCAAGUUUUACCAGCAGACAAGAAAUGUGAUCAACGUUACGAUUGUGUGGACUAUUCUGAUGAAUUCAACUGUGCUUCAACCUGUGGUCAAACCAACCACACUCUAAGCUACAAUACAUCAGUCACAUUACAGCUAAACAACUUCCCCAGUAACUAUGCAAACAACAUGGCCUGUCUAUGGCUUAUCACUGGACUACCUGACGCUUCAAUUAUCUUCGAUGCCAACGUCAUAAACAUCAUGGCACCGGAUUCACUAUCCUUCGGUCACGGUCAUGACCCUGGGGUGCGGCUCUCGGCCGUUGCGCAACUACCUGGUAUCCUGCCAACUGGUUCCCAUAUCCUCGUAGUGGGUCAAUAUGCUUACAUGAGGUUUAUCAGUGACUCUAUGGGGACGGAUGGUGGCUUCAGUGUUGGUGUGACAGUUUUGAACGAGAAUGAUUAUGUGACGUGUAGUAAUAAUAUUCAGGCUGUAUUCCAAGAUGAAAUGUGUGACGGUGUGGCACAGUGUGUAGGGAGCCCAUCAGAUGAAGUCGACUGUAAUUUGUGUCAAGAGAUCCCAGCCGGUGAAUGUGCGAGCCUCCUUCCCUACACAAUGACGAAACUACCCGGUAGAUAUUCAAACAACGUCACCCACGCCUUGAGUCUCUACCAACAGAACAAACCCUCUUUCUGUAAUGCCAUGACGGACACAGUAAUGUGCUCAUUGUUGUUCCCUGAGUGCAACACGCCGGGGAACAGUCGGCAGGCAAUCUGCCGUGGCGUCUGCGAGACAGCUUUGGUUGGGUGUGACAUAUCGGCGGUAUCCUGUGAUUCGUUGCCGUCGACGGACGGAGAUGUGUGGUGUAACUAUGAUGGUGAUGUUUUAGAGACGGGAUACUGCGGUACUAGAGCGGCGUCUGUUCCUGUUUCUCGUAUUGUCAACGGUGACGAUGCCUCACUUGGUACCUGGCCAUGGAUCCUAUCUAUUUUAGAUGAGUCAAAUAGGCAUCGUUGUGGAGCUACAUUGAUCAAUAACCAAUGGGCUAUCACUGCCGCUCAUUGCAUGGACAUCAUAAACUAUGCAGUUGCUGGUUUCACAAAUCUAGCAAGUGGAGAAGAAGGGUUCCAAAUCCGGGACGUCAGCGAAGUUUACAAUCAUCCAUUUUAUGACGCAGCAACCAAUGAGAAUGAUAUUUCGGUCAUUAAACUGGAGUCACCGAUCAAUUUUACUGACAAUAUUCGACCAGCUUGUCUGCAAACACUAGAGGAUGAGACCCUUGUAUAUGAUAAGUGUUACAUCAGCGGAUGGGGUACUCUAACAGAAAAUGGUGCGGCUCCAGAUAUCUUGCAAGAGGCUAGAAUACCGCUGGUCCCUAAAGCUGAAUGCAUCCAGAGUCUGCAAGGUAUAUUUACUAUCACUGAUAAUAUGAUCUGUGCUGGUUACAAAGCCGGAGGCAUCGACACUUGCCAGGGUGAUAGUGGUGGGCCAUUGGUCUGUGAAGACGCAGAAGGCAGAUGGAAUCUCGUAGGGGCAACGAGCUUUGGAUAUGGAUGCGCACGCCCAGAUAAACCUGGUGUUUAUGCAAGGAUCUCACAAUACAUUGACUUCAUCAAGUUUCAUGUCAUGGGUGGAAAUGGAUAACUUCUAGAAAGUCGUAAAGAACAUCUCAGCUUAUCCAAAAUGUUUAAUUCACAGUUAAUUGUAAUAUUUUUGUAUUCUCCAAGCUUUGUAAACUUUAAGUACAAGGAAUAUAUUUGUAAAUAUUUGAUUAAUUUUUUUAAAAGCAAUGUAAAUAUUUCAAGGGUGUUUUUUAUAGACUUCUUAAAAAAAAAGAACUAUAUUUUAAUAGAAGACUUUGUGGUUCUGGAAAUUUAAACUUUUCAGGUUAUUUGUAAAUAUCUCACAAAUGAAUUGUUUAAAUUCAUGCUGGUUUCCAGCUGAUGAAACGGUAUGUUAAGAUAAUAUUUCAAAAUUUCUAUAGAGCCAAUUCAACUAUUUUAAAGCCAAUGGACACUUUUAAUUGUUAGCAUAAAAACUUGCUUCGGGUAAGUCAACUGUCAAGCACAUUGGACUGAAGCUCUGGUGUUUCUAAUCUGCAAAGUGUGGGUUCAAGUUCCGAUUGUGGUGCUUAAGUCAUUAAAGGCAGU